AUGAUGGGACGACGACGGUGCAUAAGGGAGGUGCUGUUCGCCGCGGUGGUGGUGACGGCGGCGGCGGCGGCAGCCAGCGGCGGUGGCCUGGUGGUGGCCGCGGUGCGAGACGACGACUUCUUCGUGGACGGCUCGGUGUACUGCGACACGUGCCGGGCGGGGUUCGAGACGAACGCGACGACGCCGAUCGCGGGCGCCAAGGUGCGUCUGGAGUGCCGGCACUACAUGAGCGCGAGCGGCGCGGUGGAGCGGUCGGCGGAGGGCACCACGGACGCGGCGGGGCGGUACCGCAUCGAGCUGGUGGACAACCGCGGCGCCGAGGAGGUGUGCUCGGUGGUGCUGGUCAGCAGCCCCGUGCCCGGGUGCGCCGAGAAGGAGGUGGGCCGCGACCGCGCGCAGGUGGAGCUGCUCACGGACGCCGGGGCCGGGCUCGCCACCACCGUGCGCCGCGCCAACCCGCUGGGGUUCCUCAAGAAUCAGCCGCUCCCCAACUGCGGCCAGAUACUCAGCAGCUACGGGCUCGGCUCCGGGCCUAGCUACUGA